AUGAAAUGUACCUCUCUCUCUCUGUCAGCCUGCAUCGCUCUUUGGUCACUCUCUCUCUCUCUCUGUCAGCCUGCAUCGCUCUUUGGUCACUCUCUCUCUCUCUCUGUCAGCCUGCAUCGCUCUUUGGUCACUCUCUCUCUCUCUCUGUCAGCCUGCAUCGCUCUUUUGGUCUCUCUCUCUCUGUCAGCCUGCAUCGCUCUUUGGUCUCUCUCUCUGUCAGCCUGCAUCGCUCUUUGGUCCUCUCUCUCUCUCUCUGUCAGCCUGCAUCGCUCUUUGGUCUCUCUCUCUCUCUCUGUCAGCCUGCAUCGCUCUUUGGUCCUCUCUCUCUCUCUCUGUCAGCCUGCAUCGCUCUUUGGUCUCUCUCUCUCUCUCUCUGUCAGCCUGCAUCGCUCUUUGGUCUCUCUCUCUCUCUGUCAGCCUACGCUCUUUGGUCACUCUCUCUCUCUCAGCCUGCAUCGCUCUUUGGUCACUCUCUCUCUCUGUCAGCCUGCAUCGCUCUUUGGUCUCUCUCUCUCUCUCUCUGUCAGCCUGCAUCGCUCUUUGGUCACUCUCUCUCUCUCUGUCAGCCUGCAUCGCUCUUUGGUCACUCUCUCUCUCUCUCUGUCAGCCUGCAUCGCUCUUUGGUCCUCUCUCUCUCUCUCUCUCUCUGUCAGCCUGCAUCGCUCUUUGGUCCUCUCUCUCUCUCUGUCAGCCUGCUGGCUCUUUGGUCCUCUCUCUCUCUCUCUGUGUCCAGCCUGCAUCGCUCUUUGGUCACUCUCUCUCUCUCUGUGUCAGCCUGCAUCGCUCUUUGGUCUCUCUCUCUCUCUCUCUGUCAGCCUGCAUCGCUCUUUGGUCCCUCUCUCUCUCUCUCUGUCAGCCUGCAUCGCUCUUUGGUCUCUCUCUCUCUCUCUGUCAGCCUGCAUCGCUCUUUGGUCCUCUCUCUCUCUCUCUCUGUGUCCCAGUCAGCUCUUUGGUCACUCUCUCUCUCUCUCUGUCAGCUCGCUCUUUGGUCACUCUCUCUCUCUCUCUGUCAGCCUGCAUCGCUCUUUGGUCUCUCUCUCUCUCUGUCAGCCUGGUCGCUCUUUGGUCCUCUCUCUCUCUGUCAGCCUGCAUCGCUCUUUGGUCACUCUCUCUCUCUCUGUCAGCCUCUCGCUCUUUGGUCACUCUCUCUCUCUCUCUGUCAGCCUGCGCCGGCUCUUUGGUCACUCUCUCUCUCUCUCUCUGCCUGCAUCGCUCUUUGGUCCUCUCUCUCUCUCUCUCUGUCAGCCUGCAUCGCUCUUUGGUCUCUCUCUCUCUCUCUCUGUCAGCCUGCGCUCUUUGGUACUCUCUCUCUCUCUCUUGCCUGCAUCGCUCUUUGGUCACUCUCUCUCUCUCUCUCUCUGUCAGCCUGCAUCGCUCUUUGGUCUCUCUCUCUCUCUCUCUGUCAGCCUUUGGUCACUCUCUCUCUCUCUCUGUCAGCCUGCAUCGCUUUGGUCCUCUCUCUCUCUCUGUCCAGCCCGCCGCUCUUUGGUCACUCUCUCUCUCUCUGUCAGCCUGCAUAAUGGCUCUUUGGUCUCUCUCUCUGUCCAGCCUGCAUCGCUCUUUGGUCACUCUCUCUCUCUCUGUCAGCCUGCAUCGGCUCUUUGGUCCUCUCUCUCUCUCUCUCCUUCAUCGCUCAGUCCUCUCUCUCUCUGUCCCUGCAUCGCUCUUUGGUCACUCUCUCUCUCUCUGUCCUUCAUCGCUCUUUCUCUCUCUCUCAGCCUGCAUUGCUCUUUGGUCUCUCUCUCUCUCUCUGUCAGCCCGCCGCUCUUUGGUCACUCUCUCUCUCUCUCUGUCAGCCUCUUUGUCCUCUCUCUCUCUUUGGUCCUCUCUCUCUCUCUCUCUGUCAGCCUGCUCUUUGGUCCCUCUCUCUCUCUCUCUCUGUCAGCCUGCAUCGCUCUUUGGUCCUCUCUCUCUCUCUCUCUGUCAGCCUGCCCAGCUCUUUGGUCCUCUCUCUCUCUCUCUGUCAGCCUCAUCGCUCUUUGGUCACUCUCUCUCUCUCUCUGUCCAGCCUGCAUCGCUCUUUGGUCUCUCUCUCUCUCUCUGUCAGCCUGCAUCGCUCUUUGGUCCUCUCUCUCUCUGUCAUCGCUCUUUGGUCUCUCUCUCUCUCUCUCUCUGUCCCUGCCUCGCUCUUUGGUCUCUCUCUCUCUCUCUCUGGUCGCUCUUUGGUCCUCUCUCUCUCUCUCUCUCUCUCUGUCAGCCUGCAUCGCUCUUUGGUCUCUCUCUCUCUCUCUCUGUCAGCCUGCAUCGCUCUUUGGUCUCUCUCUCUCUCUCUCUCUGUCAGCCUGCAUCGCUCUUUGGUCCUCUCUCUCUCUCUCUCUCUCUGUCAGCCUGCAUCGCUCUUUGGUCACUCUCUCUCUCUCUCUCUCUGUCAGCCUGCAUCGCUCUUUGGUCACUCUCUCUCUCUCUGUCAGCCUGCAUCGCUCUUUGGUUACACUCUCUCUCUCUCAACUUAUAUCACUCUUUGGUUACUCUUUCUCUCUCUUCCGGCCUAUAUCACUCUUCAGUUACCUUCUCCCCUCUGUCUGUCAGCCUGCAUCACCCUUCAGUUUCCCCUCCCUCCCUAAGCCUACAUCACCCUUCCAUUACUCUUUCUCUGUGUCAGCCUAUAUCACUCUGGAUACUCUCUCUUUCCAUCUUUCUACCUCUGUCAACCUUCAUCACUUGUUCAUCACUCUCUCUUCCUCUGUGAUUUGGUUUCCAGGUCCUUCUAAAAAAUUUUCAUUCUCUGUCACAUUUCUUCUUUCUUCUUCUUCUUUUUUCCAUAUUUUUCUUUCUUUUCCAUAUUUUUCUCUUCUUUCUCUUCUUUCUCUCUUUCUCUUCUCUUCUUUCUCUUCUUUCUCUCUUUCUCUUCUCUUCUUUCUCUUCUUUCUCUCUUUCUCUUCUCUUCUUUCUCUUCUUUCUCUCUUUCUCUUCUCUUCUUUCUCUCUUUCUCUUCUUUCUCUCUUUCUCUUCUUUCUCUCUUUCUCUUCUCUUCUUUCUCUUCUUUCUCUCUUUCUCUUCUCUUCUCUUCUUUCUCUUUUUUCUCCUUUGUCUCUCUUUUUUCCUUUGUCUCUCUUUUUUCCUUUCUCUCUCUUUCUCUCUCCCAAAGAAGGCAAUAAUGCUACUAAAAUCCCCUUCUUCUUCUCUCCUCUAGCCCCCUUCUUCUUCUCUCCUCUAGCCCCUUCUUCUUUCUCCUCUAGCCCCUUCUUCUUCUCUCCUCUAGCCCCCUUCUUCUUCUCUCCUCUAGCCCCUUCUUCUUCUCUCCCUCUCUCCUCUAGCCCCCCUUCUUCUUCUCUCCCUCUCUCCUCUAGCCCCUUCUUCUUCUCUCCCUCCACUUCAGCUCCUUUCUCUCCCCUCCCACUUCCAGCUCCUUUUCUCUCCCUCCCUUCCAGCUCCUUUUCUCUCCCUCCCACUUCCAGCUCCUUUUCUCUCCCUCCCACUUUGAGCCGCUUUUCUCUUCUGUCAUCCUCCUUCUCCCUUCCUACUCUUGACAUCCUCCUCCUCCCUUCCUACUCUUGUCAUCCUCCUCCUCCCUUCCUACUCUUCUGUCAUCCUCCUCAUCCCUUUUUUUUGAUGACUUUUUCUUUUCUCACCUUUCUCCCUGUUUGCCCCUCUUCGAUUCUUUUGUUUCCAUUUUCUCCUACUUCUCCCAAUUUUUCUCUCUCUUCCUCAUCUUAA